AUGACUGAGGCCGCGUCUGCUUCGGUGGGCCUCGCCCUCUCUCCAGAGACAUUUGCCAAACUUAGCCCGGGACCCGUCCUGCUUGCACAUCUGAAGUCCAAUACGCGCCGGAGUGGCCGCCGCCCUGACGAAUUCAGAACACCAGCGAUAAACAAGGGAUCCUUGACGCACGUCAACGGCAGUGCCGUCGUACGCAUUGGCAACACGGCUGUUGUCUGUGGGGUCAGAGCAGAGCUUUUAUAUGCUUCAGACAUGCCCAAACCCCCUCGUCAUGGUCAAAAUCAGGAUGAAGAUGACCUUGUCGAGGAGCUCGGGCUUAUUGUGCCCAAUGUCGAAUUGAGCACUGGCUGCUCGCCGGGACACCUGCCUGGUAACCCUCCAGGCUCGCAGGCUCAAUCGCUUACCUACCGUGCCCACACCCUCCUCGGUGGCGUGCUGAGGCUCCACGAUCUCCAAAUUGAAUAUGAACUCCCAGCCAACGAGGAUGAAGACAGUGGCGCAGAACCGACCAAGGCGAUCAAGGGCUAUUGGACUUUGUACGUCGAUGUCUACUGUAUGGCCCUCGACGGCAAUGCCGUGGACGCGAUAAGCCUGGCCGUAGUCUCUGCCUUACAGGACACGACUUUGCCUAAAGCAUGGUGGGAUGCAGACCGCGAGACCAUUGUUUGCUCUCCAUUAGCUGCUCAAGGGAGGAGAUUACGGCUCAAGGUGCUACCGCUGACUACGACUUUCGCAAUUUUCUCGACGGCAUCACCACUGAAACAGAAGAGCUCUGCCCAGUCAUGGAUGCUUGCUGAUCCAGACAAUUUCGAGGAAGAUUGCUGCGAGGAGACCGUCACUGUCGCUCUCAAUUACGACACUUCGAGCGGCAGCAUUCGGUCCAGCUGCCUGCAAAAACAAGGCGGUGCCUUUGUCAACAAGCAGAUCAUGCGUCAGUGUAUCGAAGCGUCAGAGGCUCGAUGCGCUCUGCUCUUGACCCUUCUCAAGGAGUCCAACUGA